UUUUUAUUAAAGCUUUCAGUGCGCAUGGCAUGGCACAUAUGCCUGAGAAAGAGCGGUUUGACUGACUGUGCGCCUGACACAAUUCUGAAAGCGGUGAUUCCGCAUUUUGAGUUUCGUGUAAAGUUGAUGAUAAUGAGAUGAGAAAAACUUGACGAAAGAUGAAAUUGUACUGCCUGUCCAAUGAUCCCACAAAGCCAUGUUUGGUCCUAACUUUCAAAGGGAUCACACUGAUGUUGGACUGCGGCCUGAACAUGCAGUCCAUUUUGCAUUUCAUGCCCUUGCCCAUGGUCCCUAGCAGCAAGUUCAAUUCUUUGCCAACAUGGUUACCACGUGACACUCAGCAGGAUUGGCAAGUUGAAGGGGAGCUGAAGGAAUGUUGCGGUAGAGUGUUUGUGGAUUCCACGCCGGAGUUUUACCCUCCUUUAGAAAAAAUUAUAGAUUUCUCAGAAAUUGAUGCUAUUCUAAUAUCCAAUUAUACUUGUAUGCUUGCUUUGCCAUUUAUAACGGAAGGUACAGGUUUUAAAGGUGUAAUAUAUGCCACUGAGCCAACUCUACAAAUUGGUCGGUUUUUUAUGGAAGAACUGGUAGAAUUCAUAGAGCAAACUCCAAAGGCGACGCAAGCCAAACAUUGGAAAGAGAUGUUGCAUAUGUUUCCAUCUCCAUUGACAGAUGUGAUCAAGCCUAAAUCCUGGCGACAAAUUUAUUCCACGGCAGCUGUAAAUUCGGCGUUGUCGAAUAUUCAACUGGUCGGAUACGACCAGAAAUUGGAUAUUUUCGGGGCUUUAACAGUUACACCGAUCAGUUCCGGUUAUUGUUUGGGUAGUAGUAACUGGCUGAUCUCCUGCGAUCACGAAAAAGUUGCUUAUGUUAGUGGUUCAUCUACGCUAACCACCCAUCCGCGACCUAUGGAGCAAGCCACGCUGAAACACGCGAACAUGUUGAUACUGACAGGCUUAACGCAAACGCCAACUGCUAAUCCUGACACAAUGCUAGGAGAAUUGUGCAUGACUGUUGCAAUGACUCUUCGAGCCGGUGGAUGUGUUCUUAUACCUUGCUAUCCUUCCGGCGUUGUGUAUGACUUAUUCGAAUGUCUGAGCACUCAUCUGGACAAAUCAGGUUUCACACAGGUACCUCUGUUCUUUAUCUCGCCAGUAGCAGAGUCAUCUUUGGCAUAUUCUAAUAUUCUUGCGGAAUGGUUGUCGACAGGCAAGCAAAGCAAAGUUUAUCUUCCGGAGGAGCCGUUCCCGCACGCGUUUCUCGUGAAAAACGCCCGUCUGAAACAUUACACAUCCACGUAUGCUGAAGGAUUCAGUAACGACUAUCGACAGCCGUGUGUGGUUUUUUGCGGCCAUCCGAGUCUCCGAUUCGGCGAUGCGGUGCACUUUGUGCAGUUGUGGGGUAACAAUCCCCUACACACCAUUAUUUUUACGGAACCCGAUUUUCCCUAUUUGGAUGCUCUUGCACCGUUCAUGCCGUUAGCCAUGAAAGCGGUGCACUGUCCUAUCGACACAUCCCUUAACUUCACUCAAGCCAACAAGCUGAUACGAGAUUUGAAACCGGAGCACCUAGUUAUUCCGGACAGUUACACACAGCCUCCUCUAACGGCAACGCACAGAACGGAUCUUGUCAUCGAGACCAUUGAAGAAAAACCUCUGAUUACAUUUAAACGAGGAGAAGUGGUAAAAUUGCCGUUAAAGCGAAAAAAAGCCCGUGUGUAUAUCGAGCCGGAAUUAGCUAGCACCAUUGUACCAACUGAAAUUCGGCCUGGUGUUAGUCUCGCCUCUGUUAUUGGAGAGCUAGAAGUCAAGGAUAAUGUAUACACUAUAAAAAAUAUAGAGGACAGAUCAAGCGGAAAGAGAAAGCUAUCGGCGAGCUCGCCUGCACCCAUCAAAGAAGAAGUUAUAAAAGAACAAAAACACGAUUAUGGAAAAGUAGAUCCGCAAGAAUUGUUGCAGAAACUCAACCAAGAGGGCUUUCAGGGUGCGAAGUUGCAGCAUACUCCAACAUCUACGAGUAUUCAUUUGCAAGAUGAAGAUACUUUGAUUCAGUUGGCAGACAAUUCCACGCAUAUUUUCUGCAACGGCGAUCAGAAAAUUCGCAAGCGCAUCAGGAGCAUAAUAAUGCAGUGUUUGAAAAGGUUUUGAUACAGAAUACAACGUAGUAUUCUCUUUAACAUCUUGACAUGUCGCGAGACAAUGGUGCAUACUGUACAAACACACUUUAUGGACAUUUUUAUUGUUUUGUAAAUAAAACAUACGUGCGUAAA